AGAGCUGACCCUGAACAUCUUGCGCACUUCUCAGCAGUGUCGAUUCUGAGGGUCCCAGAAGGAAGCCUGCAUUGCUUCACUAGGCUAGCUGGAGCCAUCUUGGCAUAUGAAGAAAAUCUUCGGGGGGCGAAAGUCUCCUUUGAAGUCUUGCGGUGGCUGCGGGGACCCCCUGAUGCGGUUGGGGUCCUUGUGCUUCGGGAUGGAUCUCGGAGGCCUUCCUUCCUAACCGCUUCCAUAGAUUUGAGGAGCGGGAACGUUACAUAGUUGGGCGUCAUGGAGGAACCCCAGAGAAAAAAGAGUCAGCGACAUGAAGGCACCAAGCCCAGGAAGGUCAGGUUCAAACUGGCGUCGUCCUACAGCGGCCGGGUCCUGAAGCACGUGUACGAGGACGGGCAGGAGCUGGACAGCCCCGAAGAGAAGUACCCGCACAGCUUCCUCCCGCACGGCAAGAUAGCGCCCAGCCACCUGGAGAUGGAGCAGCUCUGCGGCUUUGAGGAGACUCCGUCGGACCGGCAGCGUGUCGAGCCUCCAACAGGGCUCAUUGCCCAGAGAAUCAACGUGUACAGAGGAAUAGGAAGCUGCAAGGCUGCUGCGGGCCAGACCAACCAAACAGAUGGAGACACUAAAUCGUCGGUGCUAGACUUCGGAAAGCUCAUCAUCUAUACUAGCAACCUGCGUAUCGUACGAGCGCCCGCAAGGAAGGCCGACGCGUUACGCCACGGUUCAGCGCCCCCUGCCUCCUUGGAGGGAUACCUGCAAGCCCGCGAAUGUGGCAGCAGGAGGCGAGCAAAGGCUGUCGGAACGCAGGAGGGCGAACGCAAACCGACCACUCACACGCAGAAGCCGGGCGGCUGCCAGCUCUGCGGCGACUCGGGCUGCACGCCGUGCUCGCUGUGUCAUGGCAGCAAGCUGUCCAUGCUGGCCAACCGCUUCAACGAGUCCAUCAGCGAGCUGCGCUGCCAGGCCUGCUACCCUCACGGUUUCGAGAGGUGCCAGGCUUGCUCCGGCAAGUUGCCAUUUUUGCCCAUUGCUCGUGCCCGGCCAGGGGGGGAGCCAGCCAACCAUUGAUUGGAAGUGUGUUCGAUGCUCAAGUGUGUGUCCGAGCCACACUAUUGCCUAAUCUGAAAUGUUCAUGGCGGGGUUUUACGCAUAAGCCGUGGCUGAAUAGGGGAAUUAUAACUGAGCAGCACGCCAGUUAAAUACAUUUUACUGUGGGCCGUUAACAUAAUCCCCCCCCCAACCCCUCCCUCUUCUUUUUUGAUGAUCACAUUAUUCCCCAUCUUUGUUCUUCUUAAAAUUAAUUGGCAGGAAUCAAUUUAUUGCAUUAAUCUGAACACAGUCUCUCAGCACCAGAAUAUUUA